GAUAGCCCAUCCACGUCAGUCGAAUUAUCUUAGCCGUUCGAUUGUCAAUCGUUGGUUCCCAUGCUCUCUCGUGCGCCCAUGUGUCUUAUCUGGAGGCUUCUAGGUGACACUUCUUUCCUCCUCGCAUCCUCUCUCUCCAUCCUGACUCACGCUCCCUCCCUCCCUCCCCAAGCAUCCCUGCCCACCCACGGCUCCGGCGACAGCGGCCGCCGUUUUGGACUCCAGAUCUGGCCGCCAUCGCUGCAACGGUCCAGGCUUUCUGGAAUCACAUUUCUUGAGAACUAUCUGUUGGAGAGCUAAACUAGGCUCUUGUUCAUAUUAUGGAUCAGCAAGCUAAGAUUGAUGCUGAUUUUCUUGAACCAACUGUACUCUUAGAUGAGACACAUUACCAGGAGGGGUACAGAAAUGGCUAUAAUGAUGGUUUGGCAUCUGGAAAGGAAGAGGGGAGGCAGGUUGGUUUAAAGAUUGGUUUCCAGGUCGGUGAAGAACUGGGUUUCUUUCAGGGCUGUCUGGAUGUGUGGACGUCUGCAAUUCUCAUUGAUCAGAAUGCCUUCACAGCUCGGGUCAGGAAGAAUAUCGAGCAACUGGCUGCACUGGUGGGCAGCUAUCCGCUGUCCGAUCCGGAGAAUGAACAAAUUCAAGACGUGAUGGAGAAGAUAAGGCUGAAAUUCAGGGUCAUCACUGCAAGCUUAGGGGUGAAGUUAGAGUAUGAAGGGCACCCCAAAUCAUCUAAACAGGAUGUUGAGGAUCUGUGAGCGGUGAUUGAAAUUACAUUUUAGUUUCUCCGCCCUUGCUGUUUAAAGCUCUUCAACUCAUUGGCAUCAUGAGGAACUGCCGUGAGACAUCAAUGGUCAGAGUCCGACCAUAACCACAUAUAUAGUUUUAACAAUGUCUCAAGUUUUGUGUUAUUAUCUGUUGUCUGCCAUAUGUAAUAGUUUCCUUUUAGAAGGCAAAAGCACUUCCUUCCCAUUUUCUUUGAAGUACUUGUAUUCCUAUAGUCCAUUCCCGAUUUCUUUUUCGCCAAUUACAAAGACAAAGAUACCAAGCCGAAGUGCUAAAUAAGAUAUAGACAACUCGUCGAA